AUGUUCACACAAGGCAAAAAGAGCAUCUCCUUUUCUCCUACUCCUCUUAUCUAUUUUAUCUCCUACUCAGAACUCACUACUUCUUUUACAGAAUAUUCAGCAGCUGUUCCAGGCCUCCCAACUUCAUAUGCUGCUAUCCUAAGAAUUAAAUCUGCCAGUUCAUCUUCAGCACUCUUUAAUUCAAAGAACAGGCCACGAUUAAGCAGCCCUUCAUUAGGAAGCAUAUCUUCACCAGGCUGGAGAGGAACAGCACAACACUAUCGCUCACCAACAAACCUCUAUCACUUCUCAGAGGCCUUCAAACAUGACGAAAGUGUUGAUUACGGGCCGGUGUUUGUACAAGAGCCAGAUGAUGUGAUUUUCCCUACUGAUUCUGAAGAGAAGAAAGUGUCUCUGAAUUGUCAAGCACGAGGAAACCCUGCUCCUAUUUACAGAUGGCUACGAAAUGGAACUGAAAUUGAUAUUGAAAGUGAUUACCGCUACAGUUUGAUAGAAGGAAGUUUUAUCAUCAGCAAUCCCAAUGAAGCAAAGGAUUCUGGGCAAUAUCAAUGUUUAACCACCAACGUGUUUGGAAGUAUUUUGAGCAGAGAGGCCACCCUUCAGUUUGCAUAUCUGGGAAAUUUUAGUGGCCGGACGAGAAGUGCAGUCUCUGUACGAGAAGGUCAAGGGGUUGUUCUGAUGUGCUCUCCUCCACUUCAUUCACCAGAGAUCAUCUACAGUUGGGUAUUUAACGAAUUCCCAUCUUUCGUGGCAGAAGAUAGCCGACGCUUUAUCUCUCAGGAGACAGGAAAUCUCUACAUCUCCAAGGUGCAAACAUCUGAUGUUGGCAGCUAUAUCUGCCUAGUAAAAAACACAGUGACAAAUGCCAGAGUUCUGAGUCCUCCAACGCCACUUACCCUGCGAAAUGAUGGUGUGAUGGGGGAAUAUGAGCCGAAAAUUGAGGUCCAUUUUCCUUACACAGUUACAGCUGCUAAGGGAACUACCGUUAAGAUGGAGUGCUUUGCGUUGGGCAACCCUGUUCCAACAAUCUCAUGGAGGAAAGUUAAUGAUCAUAAUCCAAGUAAAGCCCGUCUGAGAAAGUCCCAAGCUGUUCUUGAAAUACCUAAUGUGCAGCUAGAGGAUGCAGGGAUGUACGAAUGUAAAGCUGAAAACUCACGUGGAAGGAAUGUCUUCAGAGGACAGCUACAAGUGUACACGUACCCACAUUGGGUGGAGAAGCUUAACAAUACUCAGUUAGACAGUGGAGAGCAGCUCCGAUGGGAAUGCAAAGCCACUGGAAAGCCACGACCCACCUAUCAUUGGCUGAAGAAUGGAGUCCCUCUUUGCGCACAGAGCAGGGUUGAGAUGGUUAAUGGUGUACUGAUGAUCCACAGUGUGAAUCUCUCAGAUGCUGGAAUGUACCAAUGCUUAGCAGAAAAUAAAUACGGAACCAUUUAUGCCAGUGCUGAGCUGAAGAUUUUAGCCUCAGCUCCCACUUUUGCACUAAAUCAGAUGAAGAAAACUAUAAUUAUUACCAGAGGCCAAGAAGUUGUUAUUGAGUGCAAACCACAAGCCUCUCCAAAACCAACCAUCACUUGGAAGAAAGGAGACAAAGCAGUAAGAGAGAAUAAGAGGAUAACUGUUCUUCCAGAUGGGAGCCUACAAAUCCUGAAUGCUUCCAAAUCUGACGAAGGAAGGUACUUAUGCCAAGGAGAAAAUGUGUUUGGUUCUGCAGAAACUGUAGCCUCAGUAUUUGUUAAAGAACCAACAAGGAUAGACCUGACUCCCAAGAGGACCGAGUUAACCGUUGGAGAAAGCAUUGUCCUCAGUUGCAAAGCCAUUCAUGACAACACACUAGAUGUCACUUUCUACUGGACUUUGAAUGGGCAGCCAAUUGAUUUUGAGAAGGAAGGCGGACACUUUGAAAGCAUCAGGGCACAAGCAUCCUCUGCAGAUUUAAUGAUCAGGAACAUCCUUCUGAUGCAUGCUGGGAGAUAUGGCUGCAGGGUACAGACCACAGCAGACAGUGUGUCAGAUGAGGCAGAACUCCUUGUUAGGGGUCCUCCUGGUCCCCCAGGAAUAGUGAUAGUUGAGGAAAUUACAGAAACCACGGCGACGCUCUCCUGGAGUCCUGGGGCAGACAACCACAGCCCUAUCUCCACAUACAACUUACAAGCACGCAGCCCAUUUUCACUUGGCUGGCAGACCGUAAAAACAGUUCCAGAGAACAUAAGUGGUGAUAUGGAAUCUGCUGUGGCAGUAGAACUGAACCCAUGGGUGGAAUAUGAAUUCAGAGUUGUAGCAACCAACAAAAUCGGGACUGGGGAUCCAAGUGCACCAUCUCGAGUGAUCAGAACCAGUGAAGCAGUUCCAAAGACAGCGCCAGCUAAUGUAAGUGGCAGAAGUGGAAGACGGCAUGAAUUAGUAAUAGCAUGGGAGCCAGUAUCAGAAGAGUUUCAGAAUGGGGAAGGAUUUGGAUACAUUGUAGCUUUCAGACCGAAUGGAACACGAGGGUGGAAAGAAAAAAUGGUGACAUCCUCAGAUGCUUCAAAGUUCAUCUAUAGGGAUGAAAGUGUGCCGCCUCUGACUCCCUUUGAGGUGAAAGUUGGUGUAUAUAAUAACAAAGGAGAUGGACCCUUCAGUCCCAUUGUGGUCAUCUGUUCAGCUGAGGGAGAACCCAGUGCGGCUCCUACUGAUGUCAAGGCUACAGGUUUGUCUGUAUCAGAGAUUCUGGUUGCGUGGAAACAUAUUAAAGAAAGUCUAGGAAGACCACAGGGAUUUGAGGUUGGUUACUGGAAAGAUAUGGAGCAGGAAGAAGCAUCAGAAAAAGUCAAAACUGAAGGAAAUGAGUCAUCCAUCAUUUUGACAGGAUUAGAAGGAAACACAUUAUAUCACCUAACAGUGAGGGCGUACAAUGCUGCAGGAUAUGGACCACCGAGUAGCACAGUCCGUGCAGCCACCAAGAAAUCCCCUCCCAGCCAGGCACCAACCAAUAUUAUGUGGAUGCAAGAUGGCUCUCAUGUGUCUCUGGGAUGGGAACCAGUUAGACCUCUAGCAAAUGAAUCUGAUGUAAUGGGAUACAAGGUCUUGUUUAGGCAAGAAGGCCACAGCAAUAGUCAAGUAAUUGAAACACAGAAAACCUCUGCAGUGGUUCUUCUUCCUGAUGUUGGUGUCUAUAUCAUAGAGGUUUGUGCAGUCAGUGAAGGAGGGGAUGGGACAGCCAGCUCCCAGAUCAGAGUACCGUCUUUUUCAGGUGGAAAAGUUACAAGCUCUCAAUCCACUUUACAUGCUCUCUCUACUUCCUCGACAUCUGUAACAUUGCUCUUGGCACUGAUGGUCCCUUCCACCUCAUGGUGA